AUGAACGUGGAGCAAUCCAGGUCACAGGUGUCCCCAUGCAUGACAUAUAUUCAGCGGUAUCUAAAAGUCGUUAAAUUCCUUACUGACAAGUCAUCAUAUAGGCACACCGCUGCAGAAAGCAUCAACAUCCAUUUUGGUUCACACUUUAGAAACACCUGAGUUCAUUCAAGAUGGCUGCUGAGGGUAAAGACGGCACUGUACCUGAAGAAGAGUACAAACCCCCGGAUGUGAAAGAAUACUCAGAGUACUGGGCCAAAGAUACCGUUUUUAUUAAAGAGGCAAAUGAGUGUUUGAUCCAAUACCAAGAAAAACUUCUGGGGGAUGCAAAACGCCUGAAAGUCUUCGUUCCUCUAUGUGGCAGAGCAGUUGAAUUGAAGUACUUCGCUGAAAUGGGGCAUGAAGUUGUAGGCGUGGAAUUUGCUGAGAUAGCCAUUCACCAGUUCUUCGAAACGUUCAACAUUACAUACGAAACUAAACCCAUGGAAGGACCGGCUGGGACUUUGUAUACAAGCACUACUGAGAACUUGACCAUACGUAUCUUUUGUUGUGAUUUCUUCGAGUUUGGUCCACACCUUGAGAAUGACUUCCAGGCCGUAUGGGACGCUGGAUCUUUGUAUUCCUUGCCGACGUUACAGAGAGGGGAUUACGUUAAGGUUAUCAAGUCUGUAAUGGCAUCAACAAGCAAAACCCUUGUGAUGUUCGACGUGCCUUGCUUGGGUGAUGACGUCACGACAGACGAUCUCCAACAGAUGUACGGAAAGGAGUUCACUAUCGAGUAUCUGGGUUAUACUAAAACUCAAAGUAAACAUUACGAGCAGUUUGGCUUAGAGGGGUUCAAUAUGUACUUCAUCUCCUCUGGUGACGUGGCUUAAUGAGUCAAAUAAAAUUCAAUUCGCCAUUACACGACGAUAGUUUCGUAGUUGUAAACGAGUGCCUAUAAAAUAGCAUUCGCGGAUCAGUUUCUGCUCUCUCUCCGUAAGUUGUUUGAGAUAGUUGUGGAGCAGUUUUCCUUUUUGCUUAAAAAUGUCCAUUAUCUCUGUCGUCUAAAAGCUUCAGAUUCACACAUUUCAAUGCCCGAGCGGGGAAUCGAACCCCGGCCGUCCUUAUGAAAAGCGUGUGCCUUUCAAAUGAGUAAACUGCUUACUGGAUACUAUAAGUAUGAUAUUAUACAAUUGUAAAAUCAUCACCGUGAGUAAUGUAACACACAAACAGAAUUACAUGUACAAACACUCUACUAUUAAAAGCGUUUGCUGAAACUUACUUCAA